AUGGUUAGUUCAGCAUUACCAGUUGUUCCAAUGGUUCAGUCUCAGGAAAAUAUUGAAGCCUCAUCGUCCAAGAAGGCGCCGGAUGAUUCAAAAAAACCGCCAAAGGAUAAACUAACGGUGGACCCAGCAUCCAGCAACAACUUACCUGCGGCCUCGGGUCGCAGGGCAUAUACGGCUCCGGAACAAGAAACAGCCAUAUACUUUGCUCAAAUAGCCCAACAGGCCAAAGUUACUGUUAAGCAACUUGGCUCCCAGCCACCUAUUGGUGCGGAAAGACUUGCUAGCGGUAGUAAGCCAGUUGAGAAGAACCUUAGAUUUGUUGAAGAGGAGACGGAUGCAUUACCACUACAUGCCAGUGUUUUUAGACCAUUCGAUCCAAAAGACCACCCUUCUCGCGUCAACGACUUUUCUACACUUGAAAAAAGGCUGCUACGGCUGGGACUUACUUGCACCUUUUCCCCCCAAUCGUUUAAUCGUCCGUUGGGCAACCCGGAAUGGUCGUUGAAAUCGAUCCUUCAAUCUCGCUACAGAGCAGAUACGGACCCUAGGGUUGUUGAGUACGAAGCCCAAUUCGUCUGGGCAAAUGGAAGAGAGGCUCCUAGGCAAUGGCUUACCUUCGAAGAACUGAAUUGGUCCUGGGGUAUCCGCGUCAUGCGGUGCUUUCACCAAAGAAACAUGUUCCGACCCAUGGACGUAAGGAUGCAAGACCAGAGUGUUCUCGCUACCGAGGCAAGAGUCGAAAGAUCGGAGUGGUUCAACGGCAAAGAUAUCUAUAAAGAAGAGUACCUUUCAAAAAUGAUCUACCUCCAAACGAAAUACGAGCAGGUCGAACUUUACAAAAACAGUACUGCUGUUAAUGAGAGCAUGAAUCGAGGUCGGAAUACCAUGAAAUCGCCUCCUCCGCUCUAUCUCUCGCCAUCAACACACGGAAAGGGUAAAGGAGCUUCUGAGAAGCCCAAGGGGCACACACUCACCCGCUCUCCACCCAGAGGAGACCCAUCGGAUACUGAAAUGACCGAUGUUACAAGCGUUAGUGACCAUAGCUACUAUUCGGAAGGAAAGGAUCCUGAAAUGCUAGCUAUCUAUGAAAAAGCCCAGCAGGACUUUAGAGCCGGAGGAGGCCCAGGACUCCGCCGCCACCUUUCAGUUGGUCCGGCGGAGAGGAGUACUACAGCCUUUCAUGCUGACCAAAAAACCGAGGAACAAGAAGCGUUGGAGAAAGCUGCUUGGCGUGAAAAGAUGAGAUUGGCUGCUGAACGCAUCAAAAAUGCAAGACUACUCUCCGGCCCAUCAAAUAUGAAAUAUAAAAAUGAUGAUACCAACAACAAAAACCAAGCUGAGUGGAAGCCUCCAACGACACUUCAUAAUCUACGGCCCCCUCACAACAAGCCGUCUGAAAAGUGGCAAUCGCCAAACUUUUACCACCGCUAUGGCGAUUGGUUACCACCAGUUGUUCUUCCAUCUUAUGAUAACUUAAACGCAAUACCAUCUGUUUCCUCACCGCCUCCGAAGCUCGCGACUUUGAACCAGCUCCUCACCGAUAUUAAAGUUACACCCCCAAUCCGAUACGAGAGGCCACUUGCGAAGAAGAAAGGCUCGAAAUCUAGUAGAAAUGUCGGUGGGAAAGAGCGAAACCUAGGAAUGUCUGUCGAAGGGACGGAAGAGGAAAUGAGUGAUAGCGUUAUGGCUGGCUUUGACGAAGAAUUCGAUGCGGAUACAGAAGAUGCUGGUGAUGCACUUGACCCUUUGGCGAGUAAGAGAAGCAGAGAGUCUGCGGGUAGCCAUAGAGGAGACUUGAAACGAACCAGGUUUUUUGAUCAGGGCGAAAAGAUGGAAGGUGUUGAAGAAGGGGAAAAAUACGGUCAUGGAGAGGAGGAGCAGGACGACGGACCUGAAGAGACAAAGGUAAGUAAGGGUGACAGGGCGGGAGAUGACGAGAAGAGUGUCGGUAAAGAUAAUAUGGAUGGAUCUGAGGGGAAGGGGUCUGCCGGAUCUACGAACCCCUAG